CCUCAUCAGUGUUUGGGGGGAGGAAGCUGUCCAGUCCCAGUUGCGCUUCCGCUGCAGGAAUUACGAUACCUUCUGGCAGAUAUCAAGGGACAUGAUGGAAAGGGGCCAUGAUUGGGACCCACUGCAGUGCAGUGUUAAAAUGAAGCCUCUGCGGAAUGCCUACCGCAAAGCCCACAUGGCAAACAGCUGCUCCGGUGCUGCCCCCGCGACCUGCCGUUUUUACAAAGAGCUGGAUGUAAUACUUCGUGGUGACCCCUCCUCCAUGCCGAGUACCACCAUGGACGCCUCAGAGGCCAGUGCAACAAGGCAGGAGGAGGAGGAGGAGCAGCAAAGCGGGAGCGAGUGUGCUCCGGCGGAGGAAGACAUCCCAGCAUCCCUAGAUGCAUGCAGCCAGGAGCUGUUCUCAAGCCAGGAGGAAGGUAGCCAGUCACGGCGGCCAGUGCUUGGGGAAGGAAGAACCAGAGGAGGUUCCCGGUGCAACCUUGAGAUCUCAGCCCUCCGUGUUAUCAACGGCCGAGAGGCUCUUUUAUUAGCUGAAGCAUAA